ACUGGAACAACCCCAGUCAAAAGGAGGAUCAAGCAAAGUAAUGGAAAAUGGUUCAAAUUACGGCUUGCAAAGCGUCGUUGGUGAGGGCACGAUCCGUGAGAGUUGUAUUGCCUACAUUUAAUAGACUUGGCGUUGUAGCUGCAUUGGCCGCUCGUUUGUAAUUGCCACAAACAGUGCACCACAGCUCCGAGAGGGCCGACGCGAUGCUCAUGCAAAGGAAGCGAUGUCAGCUCAGCAGAGCAGACAUGUUUUCCCACGCAGCAGCGGAAAAAGAAAAUAAAGAAAAAAAAAAGAAAACGUCUGACGGGAACACGCGUCUCGGGCUCUCAAAUAUCAACCACGGCGCGCAGGAAGUUCCUGACUCAGAGAUGCCAAGUCAACUCUGUUCUGCCUUCCUUGCUAUUUCACUCUCUCUCGUCUAUUCCCCUCUCCUCGCAGUCAUACAGGAGAGUCGUACAGGAGAACGGGUUAAUAAAUAAUCUGGUCGUCAAUACCUCCGUGUUUGGCUGGUCGUCACUCUUCAUCUGCCUGGUGAAGAGAGAUGUAGUUUCCGAGGCAGCUAAUCCUUAUAAUGUGAAGCAAGCAGUUGAGUCGGAAGCUUCGCUCUCGCGGACGAGUCACCAGGGUGUGUUCCUUCGUUUAGCGGGCUUGGUCGAGUGGGUCGUCCGUCAGCGAAGCGCUUCAUCUAUCGCAUCGCAUCAACCCGGAUAACGCGGAACGCAUGUGGGCUCGUCACCCGUUGCGUUUUCUCGAAAAGAAAUCAAGGCGAGUUGCGGUCGAUAGCCUAUGGAAAUGUGUCUCACCCCCACAUUAACAAACUCUGGCAUAGUGCAGGCAGCUAUGGGUUGGUGUAGUUUCUCGCACGUAUCGCUGGACUAUACAGGGUCAAUUUCACUCUCUAAAAGCGCACUAUAGUCUGAACGCGGCGAUUUGGUUUGGUUUAGUCUCUCUCUACUAUUGGAGCGUACCAACCGACUCAUGGAAGUAAUUUAUAGAAUGCCGGAUCUCAGUGAAUGGUGUUGUAAACAUUGCACAAAAUUGUAAAACCUGAGCUAGUGCUUUGCACUUGAAUGCGAAGCCACUGCGCGUACUGUUGAUAAUGACAGAUGCCGCGUAUUUCUUUUUUCUUUCUUUUGCGACUGCUUGUCAAAGAGCAACAUUAAUAAUUUACUACUUUCCGCGAGAGCUCACGUUAUCCUGAAAAGUUUCACUUACCACUAACCCUCCUGAAUUCAGAAAUGCGUGUUAACUUGCAGCCCACGCUCGGAUUGUUCAAUAUUACGCAUGUGAUGAACGUGCCCAAUAUGCUCAUUGCAUUUCCUUGGGCGCGUUCACUUCACGCGUCCACUUGACAAAGUGAAGCAUGGGCUUCAAGUGCAGGUGCAUUUCGGUAUAAGGAGGUAAUACAGGCGAAACCUAAUUUCUUAUCUCUGUUUCCACAAUUGGACCUUAUCGCAAUAAGAAUUUUACCCGCAGGCGCUCUAUGCACAGUUUCAUUUUCGAGAGAACAGCGGCUGCUUUCCUGGGUGGCAACACAGCGUAGCGGAAGCUAAACCAAGCGCCGAGGCACAUGCUGUCCAUGGAAUGAGAUAAAGGCACUCAGGGGCGACAAGGAAGUUGAGUGCCAGAGACAAGUUUGGGAAAGAGAUAGCAGACUUGUGUCGGCACGAGAAGAAGCAUCUGGCAGAAGGCAACAUGCUCUUGAGGUUGGUCCCGCUACUCUUGAGUGUUGCGUGCUGUCAAGCCCAAAUUUUUUCAUGGAACGCAUUCGGUGACUCAAACCAGGCAAGAAAUUUCACCGGAUACAAUGAGCAAUGCCAACUGGCAAGCAUAGCGGAUCGCUUCGACUGCUAUCCAGAGCCUGGAUCUUCACAGAAGGGUUGUGAGGCCCGAGGUUGCUGCUGGGGCGCGCUAGGUGACGCCUCCCCAGAUGGACAACCUAACAUUCCCUACUGCUACUACCCCGCCGACUAUCAGGGAUACGUGCUCGAUGGCUUAGACCACUUUCCGGAUCGCAUCACCGCGAAGCUCCGCAGGAUAAUUCCUUCGGGCAUCGACAAGGACGUGCAGUCUGUGGCCGUGAACAUCUACUUCUACGAGAACGACACAGCCAGGAUCACGAUUCUGGAUGCUACUCAGACACGAUUCAGGCCACCUGUGCCAAAGAUUCCAGCACGGACAUACACUGGCAGCCGGCUUUACGACGUGAGCAUCUCGAAAGAUGGCCAACUAAGAGUCUACCGCCUCGAUCAUCAGUCAACGACUAUUUUCCACACGAACCUGUCACGCCUCGUGUUCACUGACCAGUUCCUUCAGCUUUCCACACUUUUGCCAUCGGACUACGUUUACGGCCUCGGUGGGCAAUGGACGACCCUUCGCCGAAACGUCAGCUGGACGAGACGUUUCUCCUUCAACCGCGACCGACCUCCUACGCGUGGCAACAACAUCUACGGCACGCACCCUAUCUUGCUCGGAGUAGACAACGACCGGCAGGGAUACGGAGUGUUCCUGCACAACAGCAAUGCUUUGGAGGUGGUGCUGCAGCCCACGCCUGCGGUCACGUUCCGAGCACUGGGCGGCGUGCUGGACUUGUUCGUGUUCGCUGGCCCGACGGCGGCCAACGUGGUCAGCCAAUUGCAGCACGUCGUGGGCAUGCCCGCAAUGCCUCCCUACUGGGGUCUGGGCUUCCACUUGUGCCGCUUCGGCUACAACACGCUCAACCGGACUAGGUACAUCAUGGAGAUGAACAUCAAGGCCGGAGUUCCACUGGACACACAAUGGAGCGACAUUGACUACAUGAUAAGCCGGAAUGACUUCACUUACGACAAGGACAGGUUCCGCGGUCUUCCGGAAUUCGUCAGUGAGCUCCACGCUUCUGGCCGCCACUACGUCAUGAUCGUGGAUCCCGCAGUGAGCGGUUCUGAAGCACCCGGCAGCUACCCUCCUUACGAUGACGGGCUUGUCAUGGAUAUUUUCGUCAAAAAUAUCACGGGAGGCAUUGUUUACGGAAAGGUUUGGAAUGACAAGAGCAGCGUGUUCCCUGACUUCAGCCACCCCAAUGCGACGGCCUACUGGAUGAAGCAGUUCGCCAGGUUUCACGAUGAGGUUCCUUUCGAUGGCGCCUGGAUUGACAUGAAUGAGCCAUCCAAUUUCUACGACGGCCACAAGGACGGCUGCCCUCCGAACCAGAAAGAAGAUCAACCACCGUACAUUCCAGGCGGAGAGAAGCUGUGCAUAAAGACCCUUUGCAUGAGCGACCGUCACUACAUCUCGUCUCACUACAAUGUCCACAAUAUCUACUCCCAGCUGGAGGCCAGAGCGACGUACAAAGCCCUCGUUCAGAUCCGCCAGAAACGACCCUUCAUCAUUUCCCGGGCGACAUCACCAGGACAAUCUGUGUGGUCGGGCCACUGGUCUGGAGACAUCAGCUCUUCGUGGGAGGAUAUGAAACUCAGCAUUGCCUAUAUUCUGAGCUUCGGCAUGUACGGAAUGCCAUUAAUUGGGGCAGACAUAUGCGGCUUCGGCAUGAACACGACUGUCGAGCUGUGCGCCCGCUGGCACGCCCUGGGAGCCUUUUAUCCAUUUUCCAGGAAUCACAACACGGAUGAUGGAAUCGACCAAGACCCUUUCAGCCUCGGCAAAACCGUGAUCGAAGCUGCAUCAAAGAACUUGCGCAUCCGUUACAUGUUGAUUCCUUACCUGUAUACGCUGUUCUACAGAAGCCAUGUCUACGGAGAGACGGUCGCCCGGCCCCUCUUCUUUGAAUUCCCCGACGAUCCCAAAACUUACGACAUCGACGAACAGUUCAUGUGGGGAUCGGCCUUUCUGUUCAGUCCGGCAUUGUACCAGAACCAAACCGAAGUGAAAGCCUAUGUGCCCGCCGGUCUUUGGUACGACCUGCUCUCCGGGAUCGGCGUGAAAGUCGAGAGCGGCACCCACCUUACUUUCCCCGCCGCUCUGAGCGACCCGAUGAACAUCCUCGUUCGCGGGGGACACAUCUUCGCAGGGGCGACGAACGCCACGACUACAAAGGAUCAGCGGCAGAAGCCUUUGUUCUUGUUUGCGGCUCUUGACAAGGAUGGUACUGCAAAAGGAGAACUCUUCUGGGAUGACGGAGACUCUCUAGAUACUAUCGAAAAAGGAAAAUACAACCUAUUCACAUUUUCUACAAACUGGGCACAAAAGGUGGUGACAUUUGUGACACCCGUGAUGAGCGGCUACGACGAGAAGCCUGUAGUGAAGACAGUUUACGUGGCCGGUGUUUCACAACUGCCCAACGACGUCACCAUCGGAACCAGAAGCCUGCAGUUCUUUUACUCCAAAGGCAAGGUACUCGUCAUAUCUGACGUCAACCAGCGCCUGGACCAAGCCUUCGAGAUAACCUGGUCGUAGCGAUACGCAACUCCACGAGCUGCAAUUUCAAUCCAUGUUGGACGGAUGUGUCAAACCUUGUACAACCACACAUAAAACCACAUAAAUAAAAUUCACCAAAGCGUCAGCAGCAUUAUCAACGCCCA